AAUAAUAAAUUAGAUUAUAAAAAGCUUAGACUUUUUGAAAUUAUUAAAAAAGUCUUAUUAAUUAAUUAUAAGUUAAAAUUACUAAAUACGAUACGAUACUAUCCCGUUUUUUAUAUUUUAUUACUCGAGCCCGUAUUAAAAGGUUUAUAUAUAGAAAAUUAUAUUAUUAUUAAAUUAAACUAA